GGGUAACACCAGGACAAAAAAAGAAAGGGUGACACUCGGCUCGGGAAAGAAUUAGGAAGAAAUGGAGUAAAGUCGUAUGGAGUGUUGAGACGAGACCAAUAUUGUGCUAAUAGCUCCACCAAUUCCACCGUCACUCCAGACCCAGACGAAGCCAAUGUUAUGUGGACAGCGCAGCCCGAUGAUAGCUUAUUACAAGUUCGUACGGAUUAGAGAAGGAAUCUGACGCUUCGCCUGGAAUUUUGGGAGAGAUAGAUCGAGAAUGGUUGAGAGAUUCUUCUCCGUCCCUCAAACCCAUUUCCACCGCAUCCAUUCUCAUCCUAGUAUUUUGCUUCUCUCCGGCCCUCCUUCCUCUGGGAAGACCUCUCUACUUUUCCAGUUCGCUUUUAACUCCGCAUUGGAGAGCGACUCUAUCAAAGGUAAUGUUGUCUUCAUUUGCAACCGGCGCAGGUUAGAAAGCAAACCCCCUUUUCUCCCUCAGGACAUUGAUCCAUCUAAUGACAUAUUUGAGCGCGUGCAGAUGAAAUACGUGGAUAAUGAUGAAGGGAUCAAGAAGUAUUUUGCUGCAUUCCACCUGCAUGAUAAUUUUCCUCGCACGGUAGUUAUUGACGAUUUUGGAGACUUGUUUGAUGAGAGGAACUGCCAAGAGAGAUACAAUAAUGCUCGCGGUAGAGACUUGGCAAUGGUCCGAACUCUAGCUCUCUGUCAUAGUGCCAUAACUCAUGCUAAUGAAAAAGGGCCAUGCAACCUUCUGCUCUCUGAUACACACCAUGGGGAUUCCCCAAGGUUACUCUUCAUUUACAAAAGAUGGAUCUUGUCUGUUUACACAAUCAAAGACUCAGUACCAGUCUUUUUUUUGCUUGGUAUUUUCAGACAGAGGAAACCUGUUAUUGCUAGUUUUUAUGGUGAUGGUUCUGGGUCAUUUCUUCUUAAGACAAACAUCUCUUCUGGAAGUUCCUUGUUGGAGAGGACGAGAACUGCAAAGUACUCCAUAGCUCUUCAGUAUCUGGUUUUGGAAGUUAUCACUGAAGACAGAGAAUCCUAAUAGUGCUGGUGAAACUUCUGGUUUUGAGAAAUUUCUACUGGUAUUUGACUUAUUUGGAUAUCCUUUCCUGCAAUCUCACUCUAUUUUUGUGUGUAACAUCAUCUUCUAUGUGAACCUCAGUCGCUUUCUCAAAUUGCUAUACACAGAAGUUAGUUGAUUUCACCAUUAUUGAGUUUCUGGCACAUUGAUGUAAUGAUUAAUUAUAGCUAUCUCUGUUGGAAAUGAUACAAUGAUAAGGUUUCAUACUAUUUGCCAUACUUAUAAGAGUUUGUUAAUUUCACCA